GCCCGAGGAGGGAGGCUGGCUACCACCCCGCACAGUAAAAUAAGCGAGAAAGCCGGCGAGCCCUGCCACACUGUUGUACCGGUGCUCGCUGGAGACCCGAGAUCUGACUUUCCAGGCUGCUCUUCUACUCUUAAUUUGCGGAAUAGGCGUACAUUCUCACGACCCUUUUCUGUUUUGCCGGUUUACCUUAACGUUCGUCAACUGGAAAAGUUACAAGGAUGUGGGAAUACUGAAGUCUUAUUUUGAGAGUUAAUUCGCACAGGUUAUGCUGACGCGCGGAUUGAGAUGCUGAGGGAAUGGAGCUGAGCAGACGAGAAGCGCCUCUAUAUGGGCAGCUGCAGGCCUGUGUGGUAUUGCAGAAUCCCGAGCCUGGUCCAGAGGAGGCUGAAUUCUACAUGGUACUGGAAGGGUCCGCAUUGGACCACAUUGCUGUGGCUCAGAGAGAUGAUGAUGGCCGUACCCUGCACUUCACUGUCCCCGGUCAUAACCUCGCAGAGGUGGUCUCUGUCACUGCUUACCUCUACGUUGCGGGCAGACCCAUCUCCUGUCUUGGCAGAUCCUCUCUUGAGUAUGUCCAGGAUGAUGCUCAGGAGCUGGCAGAACUCUUGAUCUCCCAUUCUCAGUGCCCGCGAGCCAGCAGCUGUCAGGACAUCUUCAGCAGAUUCGGCCUGGAGGAUGAAGCCACCAGCAGGAAGCUGGAUGAAAAUGUGACAAAGGCAAUGGCGAACCUGGGCUGUCUGACUGCAUGGAAUGUCCCCGCAAGCCAAUCAGGAGAAGAGUCCCCAGCCCGGCCCAGGGAGACUCUUCUCCACCUGACUGAGCAUCUGGGCCUGCCGCGGCUCUCCCAGCUCCUCCUGCGUCACCCGGAGGGCGUGAAGGCCGUGGCCCCGCCCAGCGAGGAGGGGGAAACGCCCCUGCAGCGGGCCAGAGAGUCCAACACACCGGCCCUGCUGGAGCUGCUCGCUGACCCACCUGCCCCGCCGGUCACACCCCAGGCCGGAGUUGAGGAGAUUUCGGCAGACGGCUCCCACAGUUUGUGGUUUUGCCAUGACUCAGGGACCCUGGCAGUCCAGCGGACCUCGGACAAGGACCUGGAAGCCAACAUUCUGCUCUUAAGGAAGUACUUAAGGGAUAAUAACCUACUGAGGAAAAUUAAAUCACAUGAAAUAAGUGGAUUGCGGGAUGAACAUGAAGUCAUUGGAGAAGAAAUAAACAAAGACUUUUCCCCGGACUUCUGCGGAGGGGACCAUGCGCUGGCAGAUAGCGUUCAGGUUUUUGAGGAACAGCUUGUGCUUUCCCUAAAAGAAGAUGAGGAAGAAGCUGCAUCAAUUCACUCCAAUAAAAGGCAGUCCACGUCCGACCGCAGGCCCUCAGCCAGGUCCACGUGGUCAGCUGCAGGGAGGCUGUCUGCCAUGAUCAAUGGGAAGGACCACGUCUACGCCAACAGCAUGCUGGUGGAUCAGGUGAACGACCUGGACAUAAAGUACAGCAUCGCAGGGGUGACUGGAGACAGCACGCUGACGGACAGUGAGGGGUGGGACAGCGGCAGGGGGAGCCCCCCCGAGCCAACGCCCCGUCCCUCGGAGGCGUGUGCGUCCGGAACUCGGCUGUCUCCCCCCCAAGCGGAGAGAUCCCCCCCUGCCUACCCCUCCCAUGCGCCGCCCCCCCUCCCCGCUGAGCUGGCACUGGCGCGGGCCAACCGCGCGCCUCGAGCUAGGACCUCCAGCAGGGGCGCAAGCCCGCAACGGGAGACCAGCGUACUCAGCCCCAGCUUAGUCGCUCUGGAGGUGGACAGUGAAGAGGAGGAUCUUUUGGACAAGUUGCCUUGUUCCCAGCCCUCCACAUCCCCCCAUUCGGGGAGCGUUCUGCAGGCCAGCAGUGGAGAUGAGAGGGACUCCUUUGACACCUCCCCUGACCUCAGCUGCAGCCGCACGCACUCCUCAUCCUCGUACAGCCACCCCCCCGCGAAGGAUUCGGGGGAUUUUGCGGUCCGUCUGCGCUCCUACUCCUACUCUUCCCCCAAGAUCAGCCUGGUGCGUCCCCGCUUCACCCGCGACGCGGCCAUCGCGGACCUCAACGAAGAUGGUGUGUUCAGCAGCAGCGGUCGUUCCCUCCUUCAGGCUCUCUCUCUGUCUAAAUCGCUGUCUCUGCUCAAUCCAGUUAAGCAGCGUGCUUUCAGCUUACCAGAGCCUCAGCAAGAGAAAAGAAUCGAAGAAGAGGAGUGGGACAGGUAUAUUAUACCGUCGAAGGCAGAAUCGGAGAAGUACAGAGUGAGUCGCACUUUCAGCUUCUUGAAGAGCCGGAUGUCAAGCACUCGCAACAAGAACAAGGGCAAGGGGAAGGACAAGGAAGGCAAGGAGAAGCCACUGAAGGCACACCAUUUUGCGGCCGGGUCUGGCACCAGCCUCACACUGUGCUUAGUCUGUGACAAGCCAGCGAUGGCAAAGGACCUUCUGCAGUGCUCCAACUGCACCAUAAACGUCCAUAAAGGCUGCCGAGACUCUGCAACACAAUGCAUGAAGAAACAUCAGGACAAGUAUGCAGUGGUGACAAAGAACAGAGCAGCUUCCCUCCCACAAAGUACAGGUGGCACUGUGUGGGAGUGUCCCACAGCCUGCCCUAUCCCCACGUCUGCCUCUCUUCCUGUCAUGACCGGUCGGGACAGGAGGGAUCAGGUGUGCCUCCCAAACGUCCUGUCCAAGAGCGUGCCUGCGGUCUCCGAGCGGAGGAUGAGUGAGAGUCUGGAGGGAGAUGGUGAGGCCAGUGUGUGGAGGAACCGCUCCCAAUCUGAGGAGCUGCUCCAGGUGAUGGAGUCCUCCCCCUCCACCGACUCCUCUAUCAAUGAAGACACAGUGGACGCCCCUCUACGCAACGACCUAAACGCAGAUAUGCUGGACUAUGAGGCCGAGUCCUGGAGCAUGGCUGUGGACCACAAGUUCUGCAAGAAGCUGGAGAAGAGUGUCAUUAAGCGGCAGGAUGUGAUCUAUGAGCUGAUGCAGACGGAGAUGCAUCACAUCCAGACCCUAACCAUCAUGGCGGAGAUCUUCCGUAAGGGCAUGAAGGAAGAGCUGCAGCUCGAUCACAGCACAGUGGACAAGAUCUUCCCCUGCCUGGACGAGCUCUUGGACUUCCACAAGAGCUUCUUCUGCGCCAUGAAGGAACGCCGGCAGAGCUGCACUCAGGAGGGCAGCGACAGGAACUUCCUCAUCGACAGGAUCGGGGACAUCCUUGUGCACCAAUUCUCAUGUGACAAUGCAGAAAGAAUGAAGCAGGUGUAUGGCGAGUUCUGCAGUCACCACACGGAGGCCGUGAACUUCUUCAAAGAACUCCAGCAGCAAAACAAGAAGUUCCAAGUAUUUAUCAAACAACAAAGUAAUAACUCAUUGGUCCGGAGGAGAGAGAUCCCAGAGUGCAUCUUGCUGGUGACACAGCGCAUCACUAAGUAUCCAGUUCUGGUGGAGAGGAUUAUUCAAUAUUCACAGGAAGGCACAGAGGAGCACGCAGACCUCUCCCAAGCGCUGCUCCUGAUCCGGGAUGCCAUCGCCGCGGUGGACCUGAGGGUCAACGAGUACGAGAAGGAGCAAAAGCUGCUGGACGUGGUCAACCGCAUGGACAACAAGAGCUUCGCCAAGCUGAAGAGCGGGCUCACCUUCCGCAAGCAGGACCUGCUGAGCCAGGCCAGGACGCUCAAGCACGACGGGCUGCUGUACUGGAAGACGGCCACCGGGAGGCUCAAAGAUAUCCUGGCGCUCCUCCUCACAGACGCGCUGAUAUUCCUGCAAGAAAAGGACCAGAAAUAUGUAUUUGCUGCUGUGGACCAGAAGCCCCCAGUGAUCUCCCUCCAAAAACUGAUAGUCAGGGAGGUGGCCAAUGAGGAGCGAGGGAUGUUCCUGAUAAGUGCGUCUGCGGCCGGCCCGGAGAUGUACGAGGUCCACACUGCCUCAAAGGAGGAGCGAAACAACUGGAUGAGGCUGAUCCGGGAGGCAGUAGAGAGCUGUCCUGAGGAAGAGGAGCAGAAUGCUAGUGAGUCUGAGGAAGAGUGUCGGGCUGCUGAAGCCAGGGCCCAGAAGAUCCACAGAGUACAGGAGACACUAAACUCGCAGGACCAGCAGAUCUGCGCUAGGUUAGAAGAGAAGCUUAAGAUCUAUGCAGAGCUAGCAGGGCUGAGUGUGAGGGAGGAGCCUGUGGCACAGCCCCGCCUCCUGGUCAGGCCCAAUCCGGACGAGGUUCCUCAGGCCAUGGCUCUGCUCACCGCUGCGCUCAGAGAGGCUGAGAACCUCACCGCCACACUGACUUCACAGUCCUGUCCCUCAUCCUGCGUUUCCCUGGAAACCCUUUGGGAGCCCAGUUCUCCUGUCAAUCUGGCAGAGUCUAGCAGCUUCAGCAGCAUCCCAGCAUCCCCCACUGAAUCCAGUUACUUGGAUGCCCAUAGUUCGAGCUCAACGUCACUGGUAUCAGACUCGGAGACAAGAGAAGGGGAGUGCUUAGGAACAGACUCCCUGAUUCUGCAGUAUCUCACACAGUUAAAGCAGGGGGAUGCCAACAGUCUCAACCUGAAAGUGGUACAGAGUGUACAGAGCCUGACCCAGCUGCUCUACAGUCUGCAGGCGGUGGUGACCAUCCAGGACAGCUGCUUCGAGGUGCAGAGGCUCCUCCUCCAGGAGAGCGAGCGGUUGCCCCGCCCGCCCUGCCCCCGGACCAACGUCCUGCAGGAGCAGGAGAAGCAGCGCAACCUGGAGAAGCAGCGGGAGGAGCUGGCGGGCGUGCUGCGGCUGCAGGGCCGCCUGCAGCAGGAGCGCCAGCGCUGGGAGAGGGAGCGCGAGCUGCGGCAGCGCCAGCAGGGGGAGCAGGAGAGCCGGCUGGAGCGCCGCGAGCAUGAGUGCCAGCAGGAGGCGCUGCGCCUGCGGCAGGAGCGCCAGGAGCUGGACGGCCAGCAGAGGGAGUACCAGCAGAGCCUGGAGCGGCUGCGCGAGGGCCAGCGCCUGGUGGAGCGCGAGCGGGAGCGGCUGGAGGCCCAGAACAGGCUGCUGCACGGCUGGAGGCACGCCCGCCAGAGGAGCCUGCCCGUCAUAGUGAUCCCCACCAGCGAGCACCAGGACUCCAGUCACAGCCAAUCCGGUGCCUCUGACGAGGAUGGUUCGGUCUUCAUCAACGAGGCGGCGCUCCAGACGCCUCGAAACAACCGUCACCUUCGCCAGCAUCCGAAUUCUGGGUCAUCGGCCUACCCUGACACGCCCAGCGCCCACAACAGCCUCAACUCCCUCAUGGGCUGCACCCAGGACGAGCGGGCCUCCUGUCACGACCUCGUCCUGUCCCAAAACCACGGCAGGACAGGGAACACCGCCUUGGAGAGUGUGGACGAGAGUCGGGGAAGGCAUGAUCGGGAGACCGUAAGCAAUGACGUGAACGUGCACAACUACAACCCAGAGAAGUGGUCUUCGGGACCAGCGAUGAGCAGAGCAGGGUGUUAUCUUGGGUUCCCCACGUCUCCUGUAGGAAGCCCCCUCCACCCUCAGCCAUACAUCUCCAUGGAGACAGAAAAUGGGGAGGAAGGGGGAGAGGAGAACAUUGUGUACCUCUGAAUCCCAUUUGGGGAGGAGAGAAAACUUAACCAUGGACUGACCUGUCCCUCCUUCAAGAUUUAAUGUGGAAAUUGUCCAUGGAAUUUUUGUGCAUUUGCUUAUGUGUGUUUAUAAAAAUAUAUGUAAAUUAUGUGUAUGCGUAUACGCAUAUAUAUGCAGUGAAUAUGUAUUUGUAAUUAAUUGUAUAUUGGUUGUCCUGUAAUUUCUGGGUGAGUAUGAUGGUCUUAGGUUGUAUAUUUUUGUUCCUGUAACUGUGUUAAUGAGCUGCCUUUAUGUCCUGUUGUGUUGGAGAUAAACACAAGCGGUUGUGCCUUUGUGCUCAGAUCAGACCCUUAGGUCCCCUGAAACUCUCAGCAGUAGCUGCCCCUCUCAAAUCCCAGAGUCCAAAAGCCCCGCACUCAUGCCAUCCCACCGUCCUGUCCGCCGCACUCCUCGAUUUCACGGGCCAGAACGGGUUCCCGUGUCCCAUCUCUAGCCGCCAUCGCCCGCCGAGCGUCUCAUUCGUCCCCCUCCCGUCCGACUCCCGCCGCGCGUUUGAGGUCCGGAGGCUCCGCCGCGGCUCUGAGCCCUCGGGCCUCCCGUGACUGAACCGGGUCGUUGAAUUUCCGGGACGAUCGGACCGCUGGCGUCCUGGGAAAGGAUAAGGGCCGCUGUCGCUGGAGUCGCUCCGCCGGCUGAUCGUCUGGCCUGGGAAAAAAAGCAGUGCCGCGCCAUACAUCAGACGAGCUCUGUUUGCGAAAGUGGCAGGACCCAGGAAAGGCAUUAGCAAUGAAUGAUUAGCUCAGCCAGUCUCGCGGUGAAGCAUUUGUCCUUUGUUCUUACCCGGUCUGCUAAAGUGCGUCAGAAAAAAAUAAAUCCGUUUUAUUCUUAAGAGUCUGGAGGAGAGUCUUUCGCAGGUUUUGAGGAAAUGUCCCCUUUUUUAAUCCUUUUUCAAGUAAUUUUACAGUAAUUUCAUUCUAACAUAACUAUUGUCUGCCAUUUUAGUAGUUGUUUUUCAGUAGAAAACCUAUUUUACAUGUGCGUGUACCAACAGCAUUUGAAAAUAUGGUCUUAGAUAUGCAAACUUAAAUGCAAAGACAAACUUUUCAGCUCCUGUGGUUUGUACCCUUGUUUGCAUAUUGUCGUUUGUCUGCCUGGAGAUACAGCAUUUCUGUGAACCAUCCAAGCACUUUAAGUAAUUUAGGCUGCAGCUUGAGCUGGAUGAUUCUCUGAAUAUAUUGUAAUCUUUGUUUUACCACACUAUUUUCAGAGCCAAAAUGACAAAUACAAUACAAAAUAUGGACACCUACCGCAGGUCUGAUGGUUCAAUACAAUAAUGGUAAGAAUGAUGCAGCCUUGUUUCAGCGAUGUUCGAUUGCUCUUCAUCCUAUCUUUAUCCUUAACUGUAUGGGUUUCUCCAGUGGCAUUCAUGUGGUAUGCAAAUGAGUUUCUCUUGAAGCAUGAACAUUCAUCAUCUUCAUUCACUUACAGUGUCCUUGAAAAUCUACCCUCUGCGCAGAAAAUGAAUCCCAUUCAAUAUUUUAUUGCGAAAGAACUAUCUGUAAAAAUGAGUGCCUAAAUAAUCUUGUGUAAAAGAAAUGAGACAGGGAAAGCUGUCCAAUCACAUUGUUCAGUAACCUUGUUCAAUAACCAUGCAUUGUUAUACCAUUUAAAAAAUAUUUUAAAAAAGGUCCACAGCGACACGUGCAUUGAUAUUUUAUGGCAAUGUUGUAUAUAUGUGCGACAUAACAAUUUUCAUGUCUGUAACAGAAAUAUGGACAAUAUAUGCAUUGUACUAUGGUUAUUUUCCCUCAGAAUAAUGUAUACUCAUCUGUAUUUUUCAAGUUGGUGUUGUGCAGUACAUUGAAAACCUACAUUUCUUCUUUAUUUUGUGAUAAUCCUGUUGUUUAUUGUGUUUUUCAAUUAUGUUUUUAUUUAUUUAUGACACUUUAGUUUUUGUGUAAAUGGAAUGUGUCAAAAUGUUCUUGUUUUGUAUUCCAUCUUGUACAGAGGCAGGUUGGCCAGAAUAUAUUAUUUCAAGCCCUGUACUAUAUAUCCCAGUAAAAAAGUGCAACAUCGUAAGCUCCCCAUAAAGCUAAUUGAACCUUUCGUUCCA